AAGUGAACGAUUCCGGAGAUUUUACAUUGCUGAUCAUCCCUGCCUUUGCAUGCCCCGUCCGGGUAGUCGCCACCAGUACAGAAUCGGAAAUAGAGCUUUAAAAUCCACCGUAAUCUGCGAGGCUAAUCCUCAAAAAGCGACCAGCCCAGCCCCUUGCGCCAUGCGGAGACAAGCCGACCUGGCCCCCCUGUGAGAGACAGACAGGCGAGAGCUGCUUACUCCUGCCCCCGCUUCCGACACUGAGCAAGAGGGUCCUCUCCCGCAACCCGCAGGGACUGUACGGCCCUUUCCUCCCACCCUACCCCGGUCCAGCCCAAUCCCCGCUCCCCACCCUGUCCUCUAACAAGGGCCUGAGAUGACCUCUCUUUUCGCCAAGAUGGACCCCCGGCGGGUCCACUGGGGGGCCACGUGGUACGCCUUCCGCUCGCGCGUGCUGCGCACCAAGCCUGUGGAGUCCAUGCUGGACACGGCCGCGGGCGGGACCGGGCCUCACGGCACCAAGCUGGCACGGGUUCUGACCACCGUGGACCUGGUGUCGCUCGGGGUGGGCAGCUGUGUGGGCACUGGCAUGUACGUGGUGUCCGGGCUGGUCGCCAAGGAGAUGGCGGGCCCCGGAGUCAUCGUGUCCUUCAUCAUCGCCGCGGUGGCUUCCAUCCUGUCAGGGGUGUGCUAUGCCGAGUUCGGCGUGCGCGUGCCAAAGACAACAGGCUCGGCCUACACCUACAGCUAUGUGACGGUGGGCGAGUUUGUGGCCUUCUUCAUUGGCUGGAACCUGAUCCUGGAGUACCUGAUUGGCACGGCGGCGGGGGCCAGCGCUCUCAGCAGCAUGUUCGACUCGCUGGCCAACCACACCAUCAGCGGCUUCAUGAUCCAGCACAUCGGCACGCUCAACGGGCUGGGGAAAGGUGAGGAGUCGUAUCCAGACCUGCUGGCGUUGGUCAUCGCAGUGCUGGUGACCGUGAUUGUGGCUCUGGGAGUGAAGAACUCGGUGGGCUUCAACAACGUGCUCAACGUCAUUAACCUGGUGGUGUGGGUCUUCAUGAUGAUCGCCGGGCUCUUCUUCGUCAACGGCUCCAACUGGGACGAGGGGCGGUUCCUGCCUUACGGCUGGUCAGGGGUCAUGCAAGGUGCUGCCACAUGCUUCUACGCUUUCAUCGGGUUCGACAUCAUCGCCACUACAGGGGAAGAGGCCAAGAGCCCGAACACUUCUAUCCCCUACGCCAUUACGGCAUCCCUUGUGACCUGUCUGACGGCCUACGUCUCCGUCAGCGUGAUCCUGACCUUGAUGGUUCCCUAUUCUGAGAUUGACGCCGAUGCCCCGCUGAUGGAGAUGUUCACACUGCAUGGAUUCCAGGCUGCCAAGUACGUGGUGGCCAUUGGGUCCAUCGCAGGGUUGACCGUGAGCCUGCUGGGCUCGCUCUUCCCCAUGCCCCGGGUCAUCUACGCCAUGGCAGGGGAUGGCCUGCUCUUCAGGUUCCUGGCCCAUGUGAGCACGUACACAGAGACACCAGCAGUGGCGUGCGUGGUGUCGGGGUUCAUGGCAUCCCUGCUGGCCCUGCUGGUCAGCCUGCGGGACCUGAUUGAGAUGAUGUCCAUCGGCACCCUCCUGGCCUACACCCUGGUGUCCGUCUGCGUCCUCCUCCUGCGCUACCAGCCCGACAGCGACAUCCACGGCUUCGUCAACUUCCUGUCCGAGGAGAGCGCCAAGAAGAAGGAGGGCGUGCUCGCCGAGUGCGAGAAGGACGCGUGCUCCCCAGCCAGCGAGGGCGAGGAGUACGGGGGCCCGCCCACCAACACCUGCGGGGCCAAGAACCUGCCCUCGCUGGGCGACAACGAGAUGCUCAUCGGCAAGCCGGACAAGUCGGCCUACACGGCCAGCCACCCAAACUACGGCACGGUGGAAAUGGGCUCCGGCAUCGAGGCGGACGAGUCGGAGAGCGUCUACCUGCUGAAGCUGAAGAAGCUCCUGGGGCCGCGAUACUACACCCUGCGCAUCCGCCUGGGCCUCCCCGGCAAGAUGGACCGGCCCACGGCCGCCACGGGCCACACGGUGGCUACCUGCGUCCUGCUCCUCUUUGUCCUCAUCUUCCUCUUCUGCGCCUUCAUCAUCUUCGGGUCGGACUACGUGGCAGACGGCAGCUGGUGGGCGGUGCUGCUGGUGGUGCUGAUGGUUCUGCUCAUCGCCGUCCUGGUCUUCGUCAUCGUGCAGCAGCCCGAGAACCCCAAGAAGCUUCCGUACAUGGCGCCCUGCGUGCCCUUCGUCCCCGCCUCCGCCAUGCUCGUCAACAUUUACCUCAUGCUCAAGCUCUCCAGCAUCACCUGGAUCCGCUUCAUCGUCUGGUGCUUCGUCGGCGUGCUGAUCUACUUCGGUUACGGCAUGUGGAACAGCACCCUGGAAAUCACAGCUCGGGAGGAGGAGGCCCACGCCAGCACGUACCAGCGCUACGACGCUGGCGUAGAUGACAACUUUGCCGUGGACGACGACCUCUACCCGCAGGAAGGCGGGGACGAGUUCCAGGGCUGGGGAGGCGCGGAGGAGAAGGCCUACCAGCCGCAGCAGGAGGAGCAGCUGGCGCCCGAGAGUGCCGACAGCAACAGGACCUCCACUCAGAGCAGUCGGCCCAGGAGCAAAGGCAAACCCAGCCAGGGCUUCAGCGCCCUGAUCGCGGACGAUGAGCUAGAUUACUCGCCAGAAUGAGUGUGUCUCUGAAUGUAACCCGUCUGUCAAAAGCUGCAGCAAACAUUUUGGGCUAGAAUGUUAAUAACUGUCUCUGUUCAUAACUAGCUUUUAUAGCCUUUCUUCUCUUUUGAAUUCCAUGAUUUUAAUUUUUUUAGACCACUCGUAUACAUGUUAUGACGGAUUACUUUUUAUGGUGUUUCUCCACCCAAAUUUGAAUUUAGUUUAAUUGUCAAAAAUGCAAAAACAAUCUCUGUAGAAAUUGAAAAGACCCAAAUUACAUUUAGUAAAAAAUGUUUACUAAAUGUAUCCAAUUGACUAAUUUCCCAAAAGUGGAUCUGAUACUCUGCCAGGAUGUACCAGCAGUGAUCUGAAUUAUGGAGGCUCUGGAUUGGGUUUUCCGUCUAACUGGUGUGGCAUGAUCAAAGAUCAUUUACUAAGCUGUCAAGAGAGACAUUACUAUUACGACACCAUCAGUAGUCACAGUAGGUGUUAUGUUCUUGUCUUACUAUUCUCAUAGGACAUUGAAAGUAGAGCAGUAACUCUGGUUUCUGUGAUGACUUGGAGGUUUUUUGUUCCAGAGCCCCACCCCUGCCUGUGACAGCAACUAUGACAGCAGGAAGUGUGACCAAAUCAACUUUCUAUGCUCAGCCUUUGGUGUCAAUAGAUCCCUGAGAGAAAUGGUUUCAAGGAAUUUGCUGAAGUCUACAUCCAAACCCAACUGUACUUGAAUUUCUAUCCACCAUAGAUUUGUAAUUUCAGAUUAAAAAUCUGGAUGGUUCAAAGGGGGUUAUCAAACAACUGUUUUCUUAUUUUUUUGUUUAGUUUUUUUAUUGUUUCAUUUUAUAUUUUAGUUUAAUCAUGGUCCAGACCCAGGAUUAACAGUUGUCUCUUCUGUUAUAUGGCCAAAUCCAUUCCAUGACCUGCCGUGCUUUGGAAAGCCAACAAAUCCCAGCCACACCACAAUGGAGGGAGGUUAGGACCCGCACUUAUAAACUACAUAGCUGCAGUGCUUCAGAAAGAGCCUUAAGUCCAAGGCAAGGAAAUCCCAGGUCUUUCCAUCAACCUAAUCUGCGCCUCUCUGACACUUAGCCCAAUGAGUGGGAUGGGCGAGUGAGUGGUGGGGCCGCAAAUAGUAAUUGGACUUUGCCUGCAAUAGUGCCUUCAUCUCCCAGUGUGUGCUUGAGCUUUGAUCCUCAGCAGCUAACAGUCAUGUUUUCUAACGCACCGUCAGGACAGUUUAGGGCCAUCCACCAGGUCUUCUUUUUGUCCUGAGUUUUUGCUUGUGCUGCUGUUGUCUGUUGCUUUCACCUCACCACAGCUUUAGCCUUGGCCUUGCCCCGUUGGCCGUACCCCGUUUGGGAAAGCAGGCAGAUCUGCGCACAUUUCACUAAAAUUGGUGGGUUGUUUUGUUUGCUUGUUUUCUGGCUUGCCAAUGUCCCUUGAGAAAUGCGAGACAGAAAAACGAAGUAUACAUAUGUGCACAUGUGGAGUAAACAAAGUCGAUGCAUGAACGGGAAGCCCCCCCCUGUCGCUUGUGAUGAAUGCUUCUGUCUGGAGUGUGGUAUUCUGCUGUUCUGGUGUUUCGCUGUUUCCUUUCUCCCCUCUGUGACUCAGGUGUUGUCAAGUAACUCCGGUAACUGGUCCCGUCUCGUUUCUGCCUAUCGCUCGACCGUCCAGGUCCAAAAAGCAAGACCAAACGAGGCCCCCAGCACACAAAACCUGCCCUACUAAGAGAAGCCUUACCAGCGGAGUGGACUAAAUCCAUUCCGCCAUCUCCUUUUCCGAAACCUUCCACUUUCCCCUGUUCCCAUAGAAUGUUCUUCCAAAGCCAAAUGGAAGGGUCACGUAGCUGCUUUUGACCAUCUGAGUGAAGAUGCGUUCAAAUCUGCCUGUUACAAAUCCUUACAAAUUCUGCCAAAAACAAGCAGGCUUCAUAUGUGGGAGUGAAUGUAUUCAGCAGAAUAAGAGAUACCUGUUAGGUGCAAAACAGUGUAGUGUCUCAAACUCUUACUUAUGUUAUGCAGGGUUUUAUGGAAAGGGCACUGCUGGAGGGCCUCGUUCGGUACAACGGUGUUUGGUAUGGCCGCCUGUGUUAAAGUGGCAGUUUGUUUGACUCUUGCAUGUUCCGACACAGGGGUCCCGGAGUAGAGUGUUGUUGAAUAUUUGCAUGUGCGAUGACCAUGACGAGACAUAUUACAGCUAUAAAAUGUAGCAAUUUUGGGGGAGGGGGGCAGGGUAGGGCAACCCUUGACACUGUUCCAUACCUCUCCUCGUCCCCCUUCUACUGCAGCCUUCUGUUUACAAAGCAAGCCAAAGUUUGCGACAUUUGUUUACUUUAUCAACAAAACGAAAGUGACCAUUAGAUUUCAGUAGAACGGAGCGAGCUAAAAGAAGACAAAGUAUUUUUUUAACGGGUGUUUUCGUAACUGUGGGUUCUCCAAUGGUUUCUGCUUCAGUGGGCGGUUUCUCACACGUCUCACCACCCUCUUGCUCACCACAGCCACAGAGACUGGCCUCUAUAUAGCGUAUAGCGGUGAAACCCUAUAUUUUUAAAAGGAGUCAACUUAGGCUCGGCUAUAGGCUCUACUCUUUCUUUUCGAAUGAGGGAACCUAGAUUUAGAUUAUGGUAGGAAAUAGCAUAGAGAGGAUAAGCAAACUUGUAUAAGCAUAAAAGAGCUAUUUUAUUACAGAACUAUAAGGAAAAAAAUAAUGAAAACAAAUGUUGCCACUAUUGCUUUUAAAGUCAGCUACUAUUUGUUUUUUGUUUCUCUUUUCUUUUUUGUCUUGGAAGAAAAUGAAAAGCAUUGCUAUUGUGUUCUUGUAAACUAUCUUCCCAGCCAUUGCAAUGGUUUAUUUGGUCUUUGUAUGGGCAAUGUUAAGACUGGCUUCCCCCUGCAAAUUUGUUGUUUUUGCUGUAAAUUGUGCAUUUCUGAUAUGAAGUUGCUGUGUUCUGGUUUAUUUAUAUUUUUUAAUGUGUGGUUAUGCCCUUCUGGUGCACUGUGUAAUGACUUGUUGAUAUUGCCUCCAUGCAACAAAUGAAAGUUAUUUAUUGCA